GAUUAUUAUAGGCUUUGAUUCCAAAGAAAAGAAGCAAGCAAAAACGUACUCGUAAAAAAGACACCCCGACUGUUACUCUUAAUUUUGUUUAUGGCCAAAAAAAGUACGUGAUGUAAAAACUAAAAACACAGUUACUAUAACUGUUUCGACGGCAAUACAAUUAUCCGCAUACGAUUUAUUACCGCUCGCAAAGUUUAUAUUGCAUAUUUUAUAAUAACACACGGAUUGUCGACUUCCAGUCACGUGUUUAUAAAAUCAGUUUAGAAGUUAACGUUUACAUAUGGAAAUAUAAUUUAAAUAAUAUCAUAAUUAGUGGUGCUCGAACGGUGGCCUUGUUACAUUGGUGUCGUCGCUCGUCUGCGUGUUGCUUUUAUGGGAACCUACCACGACACCCAUCUUCCAUGACUCAGGAACAUCAGCAAGCAAGUAUCGACGAGGGAGGCUGGGUGACAAGAAACUUUCCCACCUAGUAUCUGUGUACUCGUGUGAAACGCACAAUCUCAUAAAACUCUCUAUAAAGUAUAAUUUAAGUUACAAACAUGCAGUUCAUACGCUCCUUUUUCAAACGGAUCACCGAUGAUCUCAAACAGAAGAAACUCAUUCCUCUCAAAAUAUUGUUCUUCGUACAUGCCUCCACUCUGUUCGUGCUGUAUCCGUACCUGACGAUACACAUGCGAGAGCUGGGCAUCAACGUGGAGGAGACCGCCAUCAUGUCAGCAGUAACUCCAGUUGUCUCCAUCGUUAUGCCGCCGCUGGCUGGCAUGCUCGCUGAUAAAAUAGGAAACUUCAGGUUAUUGUUGGCGUUAUCGUCGGCUCUGGGGGGAGCGUCUGCUCUACUUCUACUGGCGGUCCCCGUCGGAAGGAUCACGGUGACCUUCCCGCCGGCUGUGGAACUGCUGGCGACCUGCGACGACUCCUCGAUGAGACUGCGGCUCAUGAAAGACCACCCCUGCCUACCACUACAUCCCUACUCUUAUGAUAUCAACCUUACAGUCCUAUCAUGUGGAUUUGUUUGUAAUUUACCAGACGACAUGUCAUCAGACGAAAUAAAUGGAGUAAUUCAUACGAAUUCGUACGACAUACACUUACAAUCUAAUAUUGAUUCACAACGACUCGUGUACCGGCACACGGUGAUGGCACAGCUGGCGCAGUCAUUAGCUCCCAAGAAAGACCAAAGCACGUCACGCAUAUUAACCAACGACCCAUUCUUUAACACGACGAUUUCAAAGGUAUCAGACCACGCUAUAUUCUUCCCAGCGCCUAAGUUGUACCAAAUAGAAUGUAGUCGUGAUACCAAUAAUGGAACAUGCAUAUUCGGAAAAGAUGACAUAUUUAACGAAACCGAAGACCUCUUAGAUGAAUCAAUACUCCGUAUGAGGAUAUCCCAUGACGUGCAAACUGCACCCCUCGACAUAAGGAGCUACUGGAUUAAAGCCGUCUCUACAAAAAACACCACGAAAUUCGAUGAAGAUUACGAUGGAGUCGACAGCAUUUCAUGCAGCGAUAACUUUGGUCAAGACGGUGGAGUGCGAGUACAAGCAGGGUCGCGAAAAUUGGCAGGAUGUGCGGCCGCGUGUGCUGCGUCCACUCCGCGCAAGGGGCUCUGCGAUAACACGCAGCAGCAAAUUGAACUGGACCCCGCCUUCACCUUCUGGGCCUAUCUCGCUGUGCGAGUAUUCAUAGGGAUCAUCGGCGGGACAGCGUUUGCGAUGUUCGAGGGCGCUGUCAUCGCCAUCGUGAGGGAACAGAAGGCGGACUACGGGCUGCAGCGCGUGUACGGCAGUAUUGGUGGCAUGAUCUCGUCACCACUGUCGGGAUUGCUCAUCGACUACGCUAGCAGGGGGAAGGGGUACACCGACUUCAGGCCUGCCUUUUAUCUAUAUGCGGUACUGAAGGUGGCUUCUGGUGCCCUGAUGUUGAGUAUAGACUUGGAGUUCAAGCAGCCGGCGCAGAACCUUCUUGAAGACGUCAUCUCCGUGUUCAGAAAUGUUGAAAUUGUUGCGCUCUUCAUUGCCUGCUUCAUUAUGGGAACUGCUUGGGGCUACAUCGAGAGCUUCCUGUUCUGGUUGCUGCAGGAUCUCGGAGCGUCUCGCUCCCUCAUGGGCAUCACGAUCACGGUGGGAGGCAUCGCUGGUCUGCCACUCCUCGUGCUCUCCGGCCCCAUCAUAAGGCGCUUGGGCCACGCCAAUGUCUUGUUCAUCGGAUUCAUAUUCUACGCUAUUAGAUUGCUCGGUUACUCGCUUAUAUACAACCCGUGGCUCUGCCUCAUCUUCGAGGCUCUGGAGUCGGUGACGUCAUCGCUGUCGUUCACCGCGGCCGUGACGUAUGCGGCGCGACUGUCCUCCACCACUACUGACACAUCAGUGCAAGGACUACUCGGAGGACUGUAUUAUGGUGUUGGGAAGGGUGCAGGAAGUCUUAUCGGCGGCUACCUCAUGAAGUUCUUCGGUACCAGGCCUACUUAUCAGAUAUUCUCAUGCGCGACAUUUAUCACUGGCUGCAUUUACUAUCUCUUUAACACAUUUUAUCUUCGCAAGAGAGCGAUGAACGAUGACAACGAUAUCUGUAAGAAGAAGCAGUCACCGGCUGACAUCGAGUGCAAUGAGACCAUCAAAGAUAGCGAUAAACCAUUCCCAGCGAUAGAUGUCGCUAGCAAAAUAGAUGCCAAGUUAGAGCCACCUGUUGUAGAGAAAGUGAAAGAAGCGGAUUCGAAUCUCGCCAAGUUAACAUCGGACAAUACAGAUGGCGGCAGCGACUCCGGAGUCGACAACCCCGCGUACAACGAGACGGAGGCCUCAGAAUCUAGGAAAGAUGAAAACAAAGCGAACGGCUAGUAGCCGGACCACUGUGUGAUAUAUCUACAUACAAACUAUUUAAGUAUUAGUAGCCAUAAGGAGGAUAAUUUAAGAUUGAGUUAACCAGUUCGACUGGUAAUGUAGACAGCUAAAUCUAUAAUAAUAACUUUAAGCUAAAUUUAGUUUUAGUUGUUUUGAUUUUGGUUUUACAGUCAAGUCACGUACACAGGCUCGAUUACAUUUGAUCUGAAACCAUCAUCACAUACUAAAGGCUAUUGUAAGCCGUGAGUACCAUUUGACAGUUUUAGAAAGGUGUUUGCACUUGCCGCUGCUGGUCCCAGAAUGGUAGAGCUAUUGUCAGCAUACUGAGACUCUGUCGUGGCAUGUUAAUCAAUCGAUACCAACUGUCAUAUAGUGAUCUCUGAUAUCUAUGAUAAUCAUAAGAGUUUUUAUUGCCGGUUUUACCCAGAAGCAAUGGGUUGUGGAAGUCAAAAAUUCAUCUGCUCCAUAAAAUUCUGUAUCUUACUAGCUGAUUCUUUCACAGCGUAGGGUAAGGCUAGACAGAAAAACAUUAAGCACAUUGUGACAAACAUUAUGUUAACUCUGAGUUUGAUUGACAAGUAGAUGAACUAAAAAUAAAUGGUUUAAUUUUGAAUAUUAUCCAAGUUUUAUUCCAUUUUUUAUGUCCAUGUCUAAAGUAGCUGUUUCUUCGACACGUUAUUAGAUGUUAAAUAUCAAAUCACACAAUUCGGAAUUGUGAUCCUACGUUGAAGUUCCAGAGCAGUGAGGUAAUACAAAUUAAGAAUUAAUUAUGAUAAAAUAAUAAAAUAUUUAUUAAUAAAAUACUGUUAAUUUGA